CGGGGCGCGGGUCACGGCGCAGGCGCGCUGGGGAGGGAGGGCUAUGCUAAUGUUGUUGAUAUCCUGGGGCCACCCGAGUUAAAGGGGGGAAAUCCGGGGGCUGCCGCAGCCGCCGUGGGUCUGGGCACAGCGGGGGCCCCCCCCCGUGUAGUCGCCGUAGUCCCAGGGAGAGGCGCCUGCCCCCAGCUCGGGGAGGGGGCGCCGCGGGCCCGGGGAGCACGGACAACCCCUACCCAUGAGGCCCUGAUGGAAAACACAAAGGAUCUGAGUCGGAAGAGACAUUAGAGGUCACCCAAAGCAGCCGUCCCCUCUGCAGCCUCUCUGACAAGUGACCGAACAUUCUUCACGCUCUGAAAGGAAAAGGAGAGACUCAUUCGGGAUGUUUGACGGUUAUGAUAGCUGCAGUGAGGACACGAGUAGCAGCUCCAGCUCUGAGGAGAGUGAAGAAGAAGUUGCUCCUUUACCUUCGAACCUCCCAAUCAUCAAAAACAAUGGACAAGUGUACACGUACCCAGAUGGUAAAUCUGGCAUGGCUACCUGCGAAAUGUGUGGGAUGGUUGGUGUGCGAGAUGCUUUUUACUCCAAAACUAAGCGUUUCUGUAGCGUUUCAUGUUCACGAAGCUAUUCGUCAAACUCCAAGAAGGCAAGCAUUUUGGCCAGACUUCAGGGUAAGCCUCCAACAAAGAAAGCGAAAGUUCUUCAGAAACAACCUUUAGUUGCUAAACUAGCCGCAUAUGCUCAGUAUCAAGCUACCUUGCAAAAUCAAGCAAAGACUAAAGCAGCAGUAUCCAUGGAGGGCUUCAGCUGAGGUAACUACAUCAAUAGCAAUAGCUUUAUAGCAGCUCCUGUUACGUGCUUUAAACAUGGAAGGAGAGUCGCUCCCAGAUAGCCCUCACGAGUGGCCCUGGAGCAGGAAGUGGUGAAGCAGAUCUUCCUGAUUUGGGAGGAGCCUGAGGUGGACCUCUCGUCCUGAGUCUGGAAGGCACCUAUGGGGACCUGCUGGGGUGAUAUCUCAGAAAAUGUGAGAGUAGAAGUUCCCAAUACAGACUGCAGCCUACCUACCAAAGUCUUCUGGAUUGCUGGAAUUGUAAAAUUAGCAGGUUACAAUGCCCUUUUAAGAUAUGAAGGAUUUGAAAAUGACCCUGGGCUGGACUUCUGGUGCAAUGUCUGUGGCUCUGACAUCCAUCCAGUUGGCUGGUGUGCAGCCAGUGGAAAGCCUCUUGUCCCUCCUAGAACUAUUCAGCAUAAGUAUACAAACUGGAAAGCUUUUCUAGUGAAACGACUUACUGGUGCCAAAACACUUCCUCCUGAUUUCUCACAGAAGGUUUCAGAGAGUAUGCAGUAUCCUUUCAAACCUUGCAUGAGAGUAGAAGUGGUUGACAAGAGGCAUUUGUGUCGCACGCGAGUGGCAGUGGUGGAAAGUGUAAUUGGAGGAAGAUUAAGACUAGUGUAUGAAGAGAGUGAAGAUAGAACAGAUGACUUCUGGUGCCAUAUGCACAGCCCGUUAAUCCAUCAUAUCGGUUGGUCUCGAAGCAUAGGCCAUCGAUUCAAAAGAUCUGAUAUUACAAAGAAACAGGAUGGACAUUUUGAUACACCACCACAUUUAUUUGCUAAGGUAAAAGAAGUAGACCAGAGUGGGGAAUGGUUCAAGGAAGGAAUGAAAUUGGAAGCUAUAGACCCAUUAAAUCUUUCCACAAUAUGUGUCGCAACUAUUAGAAAGGUGCUGGCUGAUGGAUUCCUGAUGAUUGGGAUCGAUGGCUCAGAAGCAGCAGAUGGAUCUGACUGGUUCUGUUAUCAUGCAACCUCCCCUUCUAUUUUCCCUGUUGGUUUCUGUGAAAUUAACAUGAUUGAACUUACUCCACCUAGAGGUUACACAAAACUUCCUUUUAAAUGGUUUGACUACCUCAGGGAAACUGGCUCCAUUGCAGCACCAGUAAAACUAUUUAAUAAGGAUGUUCCAAAUCACGGAUUUCGUGUAGGAAUGAAAUUAGAAGCAGUAGAUCUCAUGGAGCCACGGUUAAUAUGUGUAGCCACAGUAACUCGAAUUAUUCAUCGUCUCUUGAGGAUACACUUUGACGGAUGGGAAGAAGAGUACGAUCAGUGGGUAGACUGUGAGUCCCCUGACCUCUAUCCUGUAGGGUGGUGUCAGUUAACUGGAUAUCAGCUACAGCCUCCGGCUUCACAGUCGUCAAGAGAAAGCCAAUCAGGUUCUUCAAAACAGAAGAAAAAGGCUAAGUCCCAGCAAUACAAAGGACAUAAGAAAAAGAGGAAGAUGCCAGUUGGGAAGAAGCCUGUCAGUUUGUCGAGCCUGCCCAUGACAGGUGGGGUGCGGAGGAGCUUCUCUGGUGACGAAGAGUUGACUCCUCCUCCAUAUCGAACCCUUCCAGCACAGACAGCCCCAGAGGCCUUCCCACCUCCCAGCACUAGCCGAGAGUUCAGUCCCAGCCUCAAAACAGUGACUACAUUGCAGCUGAAGGAGGAGUUGAUAGACGGAGAGGAUUAUAAUUUCCUCCAAGGAGCAUCUGAUCAGGAAAGCAAUGGCUCUGCCAACUUCUACAUCAAACAAGAGCCCUGAGAGGACUCCAAAACUGAGGGCGGGAGGGGAAGAAUUUUACACAGGACUGAUUUAUAAUCCCUCAAGCUGUACAGCGGGACUAUUCUACUGGGACAUUUUGCUAAACAUAGAAAAUUUCAGUUCCAGAUUUUUCAGGUGGGUGGGGAAACUAUUUUAGUCGUGGGGGGAAAUUUUUCAAUUUAUAAAGAUGGACAAUUUUUGUGUUGUAUUUGAAGCUUUUGAAAGAAUUUUGUAAUAUUUUCCAAGUUUGGAUUUAUGUGCAUUGUUAACAACUGAAAUUCUAACUUUUUGGUAAGAUUAAAGUUUAGGUAGCAGGAUUGAAGGAAAUGAUUUAAGAAGGAUAUAGUUGUAAAUGCAAAUGAACUGUCAUUACAAAUGAACCUUUUUUGGUACCUGUUGGGAAAUUUUUGGGAUUUUAGAAGUUAGGCCAGUCACAUCUCCAGCUUCCUUUGCUGCAGAAAUAUGCAACUGAGCCCCCCUCUCGUGGAGGGUUCAUCACCACAUAGAUCAUGGAAGGGGAAUUAAAUCCGCUUGGUGGCAUUUUGUUGUAGCCCAUUUUAAAUGUUUGUACAGAAAUGUUUUUCAUUCUGUGAAAAUUUAUUUGGAGUUCUAUAUGAAACUGGAAGAACUCUGAUACUUUUAUAUGUUCUCUUUUAAUUAAAAAAUGAUUAAAAUUAUCCUAACACUAAAGUGUUAAACUGGAAUGGUUGACCAGAUGAACAGGAUCUCAGUGUACACGUUGAGGGGUUGGGGAAAGUAUAAUAUUGUCCUUCGUUCAUUUUCUUUUCCUUACUAAAGACACCCCACAAGAGGGAUUCUGAUCAGUUCUCUGCCAUUUCCCUCCUUCUGUUAGAUAAUAUAACCACACCCCAAAACAGAUGUUCUUCUGUAUAACCAGUAGAAUCAAAUCAAAAGUUGUUUAAAGCCAAAAAUCAGUUUAGAAUUCAAAAUCAUUCCAGCUCUGCUUUUAACUAUCCUGGCUUUGUUUAAAAAAAAAAAAAAAAAAAAACUAAUUUGAAAGAGAAUUUAAUUUUCUUAAAAUUCCAUAUAUAUAUAGGUAUAUAUAUAUAUAUUAUAUAUAUAAUAUAUAUAUAUAUAAUGAGUUGUCUUUUAAUUGUAUUCAAAAUUAAUUUUAACAGUAAUAACUGAUUUGGACCAUUUCAAACAUUCCCUACUUUAAAAUUCACAUGGCUUCCUUUAAAAAACAAAAGGAUACAAGGGUAAAUUGGUGAAAGGUUUGCUCUCUGCAUUUUUCUAACUUUCUGAGUUGUGACUGAAUGAGAGAGCUCUAGCGUUUACCAGUGAGGUUCAUAAACUAAACUCUCAGGAAUUAAUUGCAUCUGUUCUAGAAGUGCUUCUGGGUCUUAGCCUGGCCUCUUCAGAGUGGUAACAUUGACCAUCUCCUCUGGAAUAUAGGUAGGGCUAAUUAGAAAUUAAUCAAAAUGAUUAACCUCUAAAGUCCUUCAGCCUAUGGAAUGCUUUAAAAAAAAAAAUGGUAAUGGAAAGCCCCAGGAGACCAUUUUAGGUAAGAUUUUUGUUUGAAUUUUAAAAUGCAUAGAACAUUAAAAACCAGCAGUUUAUUUUCUAAAAUAUUGCUCUACUUUUGGGAAUAAUAGCAUUGGUAAUACGCACAGGUUUACCUCAUUCUAUGCAAGAGGGGUUAAUAACAUAAGGUUUUGUAGUUGCUACUGGAAGUAAAAUUUGUUACUUUAUAGUGUAAGAAUGUAUGGAAUCGCAUGUCAACAUUUCUUAAUACUGACUCUUUAGGGGCAUAAAUGCAGAUCAUAUCAACGCCAAGUUGAUUCUCAUGUGUCAAAUAUAUGUGAAUUCAGCUGUUAAAUUACUGGAUAUUUAUCUUAAACAACCUUACUGAGAGGGACCUACUGUAAAUGUGACAUCCUCACACUUCCCAAAUCUUUAACUUUUAAGAAUCUUCCCAUAAACGUAAAGCCUAGAAGAAGACUUCCACAGCAGGGCUUAACCAUGGUCUUCAUUCUCAGGCUCUGGUUCCGUGACAGGAGCUGCAGGGCGUGCCUGGCCAUACCUGGGGCUUAGGGGCCCUGUGGGGAACUGGGGAAAAUCAGGAGGGAUUUGAUUUGGAGCCUGGUAAUUAGUUCUGUGCGCAAUGCUCAUUUGUUAGCCAGGUCUUAGAAGCUUCCAGUCAUACAGCAAAACCAGGCUCUGAGUGUCUUUGAAUGUCCCACCUGUUCGUGAAAUGUUUCUUGUCUUGAUCCCAUGAUCAACAGUUAAAGGUUGGCAAGGACUUCCUGUGGUCUCAACACAGUCUGAAGCCCUCCUCGUUGUUCAGGCUCUAACUCCUGCUGCUGAUAAACAGAAAACAAGUUAGUGCAGAGGAGAGUGAUGUCUUAGCCAUAACUCCAGUCGUAUGACCCAAUAGCCCCAUUCUCUUUUACGGUUCAAAAUGUACUGCUGACCUUGGGUUUGUUUUCAUUUUUCUCCUCUUAGAAUUAUUUGGGGAUUUUUGGUAGUUUAAACUCUUUAACCUUUUCCUUGCUGUGUAUGAGGAAAGCUACAGCUGUUAUCAACUUCUUAUUCUACGGAUACUAACACGGGUUUUCAGUGUUUGUUUGUUUUUAUUAUAUUAAUUUUGCGUGAUGUGAAUACCCUCUCCCAUCAAUACUUGUAUUAUGGUGCUAUAUAUUUGGUAAUGAUCCUUUACUAUUGGGAAGGGAUUUUAAAAAUACUGUGAUGAAACUGGGUUGCUUCCUUUGAUUUUCAUAUUUUAAAUAAAGCCACAGUCAUUUAUACAAAAGAAAAGCAUCUGUCCCUGGGCAAAUCUUUUGAGGACAGAGGUCAAAGUAAACUGCAUAAGGUUUUUACAUCAUUUCUGUAUGUAUUUGAUAUAUAGAUCAAUAUCUGUACAAAUUUAAUCUUUUAUUUUCUUGGUAACUUGUGAUCACUGAGGAAGUAUUUGAGACUUUCUCAUGAAGUGUAUAUAAUGGCGUGAAAAAUUCCUUCGGAGAAACUUAUGUUCCUUUCAUUUUUACCAAACUGCAAAUUUUCAGCAUGGAUGUGAAAAGCAUUAAAAUUAUAACUUUGUGUACAAGAUGAAAAUAAUUCACUAAAUUGCCCUUUUUUACACAAAAUAAAACGUUAAAGUUAA